AAAAGAUGAAAUAGGGUCUAAGAAUCUGAACAGCGCUUCUCACCGCCCUGCUUUCCUUUCUAUUUUAGUUUCCAGCAAAACAUGCGCGCGUGUCAGACAUUAUUGAGACAGGAUCACAGUCCAGCUGACGUUUGCGUGAUAGGAGGAGUCCUUCAGACAGCAUCACUUUGAUAAAUGUUCAACCAAGUCACCGAGGUACCAAAGACACUUUGUUCACUCUCACCAUGUUGGUAACAACAGUCCGAGCUGAUACAAGAAGUGGAUGGCCGCGUCGUGCGCCCUAUAAACAAGACUUAAAAAACCAUGAACUGUGAUUGCAAUGUUUUGAUGGAGAAGGACAUUUUAUGGAUCUCCGUGCUGUACAAGUUGCAUCCAUAGGAAGGAAGAAAACUUGAGGCGAGGAGGAGACUGACUUCACACGGUCAAAGGCGCAGUAACAGCUUGUAAUUCUGUUAAUCAUAGGGUCAGAAAAGGCGCUCUGUGGAUAUUUGAAAGUCAGCGCAUUGAUGGGUUCAACAACUGAACGACUCGCUUGAAUUUUCCAACUGGCUGGUCCUCCGAACUUGACAUUACUGCGCUGCAGUUAGUUCCAGCAGGGCAGCAUCUAAACCAGCCAGUCAUCAUAGAAGUCGGACAUGGUAAUGACCAACAGGUCCCAUCGUAACCCCUCCAUCCUCCACGUUGAGUUCAGCCCGCUAAAUGACUUCAUGGAAGACAACGAAACGAACUCCACCGCCGGAGAGCAAAACUCAAUGGGCUGCGUGCAGAUCAGCAUCCAUCAGGAGCUUUUCCUUGCACUGGGGCUCAUCAGUCUGGUGGAGAACAUCCUGGUGGUACUGGCCAUCAUCAAAAACCGCAACCUGCACUCGCCCAUGUAUUACUUCGUAUGCUGCCUUGCGGUGUCCGACAUGCUGGUCAGUGUCAGCAACGUGGUGGAAACCAUGUGCAUGCUCCUCAACGACCAUGGCCUGAUGAACAUGCACCCUGGUAUGCUGCGCCACCUGGACAACGUCAUUGACGCGAUGAUCUGCAGCUCCGUGGUGUCCUCGCUCUCCUUUCUGUGCACCAUCGCUGCGGACCGCUACAUCACCAUCUUUUACGCGCUGCGUUACCACAGCAUCAUGACCACCCAGCGCGCCACCGCCAUUAUCGUGGUGGUGUGGCUGGCCAGCAUCACCUCCAGCAUCCUCUUCAUCGUGUACUACACCGACAAGGCUGUGAUCGUGUGCCUUGUGACCUUCUUCUGCAUCACCCUGGUGUUUAACGCCGUGCUGUACUUGCACAUGUUCCUUCUGGCGCACUUGCAUUCCCGACGCAUCGUAGUUUUCCACAAAAGCAGGCGCCAAUCUACGAGCAUGAAGGGAGCAAUGACCCUCACCAUCCUGCUCGGGGUCUUCAUUGUAUGCUGGGGCCCCUUCUUCCUGCACCUCAUCCUCAUCCUCACCUGCCCCACUAACCCCGUCUGCAACUGUUACUUCCAAAACUUUGACCUUUUCCUCAUCCUUAUCAUCUGCAACUCGCUCAUCGACCCGCUCAUCUACGCCUACCGCAGCCACGAGUUGCGUAAAACUCUGAAGGAGUUGGUCCUGUGUUCUUGGUGCUUCGGUGUGUGACAUUUAGGAAAAUAACAAAAGCCUCAGGUUGUCAGUACAUAUUCUUCUUAAAUGAUGUACACUGUGUCAGAACCAGUGGCCAGGCAAUGACCUCGUCAUUCCAGUUACCUGAUACCUGCUGCCUUCAGAUGGCUGUAAAGAGAGUCACACGUAAAGAAAGCCUUCUGGCUACUAAGACGCACCCGGACACAAAUACAAUUUAUUUUAUUCUGCAAUGAAUUGGCCUGAAUAGGCUACUUUGUUCAAGCAAAGGGCAGGAAAUGACAUCGUCGUAUAUGAGAAAAAGCACUGUUGUGAGCCCACUAAUAAAAUAAAGCAUAUCAAAACAUUAGUUGCUGUCUAAAUGGUGGCGUUGUGUGAGAAUGACUCCCCCCCAAAAUAAAGAAAAUAAUUGAUAGGGAAAAUCACAUGAACGGGCUCCCUUGGCGGGACAGAGGCAUGAGAGGGUUUAUUUAUAAUUAUAUUUGUGGAAGUGUGUGUGGUUCGCUGAAUUGUGCAACAGGGCGCGGCUUCCAAAAGAUGUGGAGCCUUAUUUCAGUGACUAUGUGGGUUAAACAAGUGGGACUAUGUAGAAGUUUUUGUCAUUUUUUUUUUUUUUAUAUCAGACCAAUUCAUAUACAUGCGUAUCUACUUGCGUGUCUAUGUUGUGUGGUGCAGAUGCACAGGAACAGCCAAAACAUAAAACAGACUUUUUAAUAAUGUCCAUAGAUAAUAAAUGAAUUGUUCUGAAAUGAAGAUACAACAUAUUGAUCUGUAAAAUAAGAAUCUUACUAUUUGCUUUAUCUUCUUUUUAAUAUUAUCCUAGGAUAUUCUUUCUGUAUUGAUCCUAAGGAUUUGUUGUAAACAGGACCUACAUUUUAGACUCUUAACUGCCCUUUAGAAAAACUGAAAUGCAGUCAUAUAUGUGCCUUUGAGCCAUAAAGUGUAAUAUUGUAUCUCUCCAUUCAUAGUGCUAGGGUAUAAGUGUUUUGGCACAGUUGUUUCCAAAAUACGGAAAAAGAUUACAGAUUCUGUAGUAUUUGAAUAAUGCUGCAGAUUAUUUGCGGCUGACCGUUGUUGUAACUGAAUUCAGUGUAAUUUUUCAAUCAGUAUGGAAUUAUGACUCAAUUUACUUUUAAUUUUUGCUGUAUAAUGGUAUUUGUUCUAAUACCAUACCUUAUUUUGUUCUGUUUCUUUUUAGCGUGGGAGUUGUUACAAAGGAUUGUGAAUGUACAGUAUGGUCGUCUGAUAUCUGCUAUAUAAAUCUUAUAAGAUAACUUUAAAUGUAAAUUAGAAUGUGGUACUCUGCGCUUCAUGAUCUGAGGCAAACCUGAUGGAUUCAACACAUGUUUGGGUAUAAGAAACUGCAGAAUGAAUCCCAUGUUAACUUGCAAAACUGAGCAAAACAGGAUGUUGUACAGUUAUCUUAUAGGGUUAUAUGUGUUAUGUAAUCAUUGAACUAUUUGUCUCAAAUAAAGAGGCAAAAACAAUAAUCUUGUGAUAAAUUAAUAAAACAGCCUUAUCAUUGUUUUCUCCUCCAAGAUAUUUUCCAUGAUUUUGCUUUAUGCUAUUACAUAGUAUGCUUGUCUUAGAAGGCUGUUUUCCUUAUGUGGAGACUAAAUAUUCACCCCAAAGGCUGGAAAGAUAAGAGUAUGGAGAUGGCUGUGUAAAGAAAUCUGGAUUCAUUAAUAAUAAUAAUAAUAAUAACAAUAACAAUUGCUUUUCACAAACUCAAAGACCUUUGCCAUAUCUGUCGAACUUUACCACACGUCAAUUUUAACAUAUUACAUGCAACAUCAACAAUUUAUUUCUGCCUUGUUGAAAAACAAAUGCAAUUUCACAUUUACUCUCAGCAGACAGAAGGGCCAUUGAUAUAUAAGACAACAGAGACAUUUUUGAUAUGCUAAAAAACUCAUGAUCAAGUUCAGUCGCUGUGUAAUAAAUAACACCAUUGAUAAGAAGGGGAAUUCCAACUGGAACAAACUCCUCAUCCUGUUCUCAAAGGAAGACAUUUAAAAAAAAUCUAAAAUGUUUUAAAUAAUUCCA